GAGCCUCCAGACCACUGGCCUUGGAAAGUGGGCCGUGGGCAGGACGGCAGGCUGGGCGGAUGAAGAGUCCUUCCUGCCCGCCGCCCGCUUCUUCCUGUCUCGUGCCCUGUCUGUCGGGAGCUGGGCACAGGCCGUACCGGGAGUGGCAGGGGAGGCGGCGGCCGGGCCCCUUUCCCGCCAGCCCAGGCCCGCUGCCAGAGGCUUCUCCGCACUGGGCCGGCGAACAAUGGGGCAGUGUGAGGGUGCCUGGGAACGGUCAGGCCAGCCAGGCCCCCCGUGGGCCCGUGCCGAGGGGCGAGGACGGGGCCAGUGGCCAUGAGUCAUCUGGUCCAGCGCCGAGGCCCGGGUCCCCAGACCGGGAGGAACACGCUGCUCUCAGUGACCCAGCCGGCCGGCGGCCUGCCCCGGCUUCCCGCUUCUGCCCUGCCGUCCGCCUCUUCCUGGUCCUCUCCCUCACUCCCUCCUCCUCGGCCUGUCUCUGUCCCCUGCCUCCGCGAGCCAGAGACUCAGGCCUGGGAGCUGCCUGCUCCCCAGGGCCCUGCCUGCCGCGGCCCAGGCACAGGGGCUGGCCCGUGGCCUGGGUGCCGCUCUCCAGGCCUGCGGGCGACCCCAGUCAGGUAGCCAGCGAGAGGACAAGACCCGGCCCAGAUGUGCCACCUCCUGAGGCCAACCUAAAACUGACUCAGGAAUAAAAGAUGGCCCCAAGUAAAAGACCGUGCGAUCAAAACCUCGGUAAAAAUUAAUCGAGUGUCAAAGAAGAAAAAUGCUGGCGAACAGCUCGCCGAUGUCGACAUCAGGCACAAACGGGCCGACCCUUUGCCCCCUGCCCGGCCCUGCUGUCUGGCUUCCAGCCACCCUGCUUAAUGGAGGCCGAGGAGAUGCACUGGCCCAUCCCCAUGAAGGCCAUCGGUGCCCAGAACCUGUUGACCAUGCCCGGGGGGGUGACCAAGUCUGGCUACCUGCACAAGAAGGGCGGCACUCAGUUGCAGCUGCUCAAGUGGCCCUUGCGCUUCGUCAUCAUCCAUAAGCGAUGCAUCUACUACUUCAAGAGCAGCACAUCAGCGUCCCCACAGGGUGCCUUCUCCCUGAGCGGCUACAACCGGGUGAUGCGGGCCGCUGAGGAGACCACGUCCAACAACGUCUUCCCCUUCAAGAUCGUCCACAUCAGCAAGAAGCACCGCACGUGGUUCUUCUCGGCCUCCUCCGAGGAUGAGCGCAAGAGCUGGAUGGCCUUGCUGCGCCGGGAGAUUGGCCAGCCCCAUGAGAAGAAGGAGCCGCCCCUGGAUGCCAGUGACUCUAGCUCGGACACCGACAGCUUCUAUGGUGCGGUUGAGCGGCCCGUGGACAUCAGCCUGUCACCAUACCCCACGGACAGCGAAGACUACGAGCACGAAGACGAAGACGACUCGUAUCUGGAGCCUGACUCCCCUGAGCCUGGGAAGCCGGAGGACGCCCUGACCCACCCGCCGGCCUACCCCCCGCCUCCCGUGCCCACCGCCAGGAAGCCAGCCUUGUCUGACGUGCUCCGUGCCCACUCCUUCACCUCCAAGGGCCCGGGCCCUCUGCUGCCACCUCCGCCUCCCAAGCGUGUCCUCCCGGAUGCGAGCGUGGCUCCCGAGGACUCUAAGAGGGACUUGCUGGGCCUGAGGCGGGCCGAGCCGGGCCCCAGGGUGCCCGCUGCCUCCCGGAGGAUGAGUGACCCCCCGCUGGGCAGCCUGCCUACCUUGCCCCACCUCCGGAAGCCCCCUUGCUUCCACGAGGGCCCCAGCCCAGAGCCCUGGGUCCCCAGCCACGGGGCCAGCUCCACCUGCAGCUCCGCCUGCACGGCCACGGCCGCCUCUAGGAACUGUGAUAGGCUCAAGUCCUUUCACCUGUCUCCCCGGGGGCCGCCCACACCCGAGCCCCCACCCGUGCCAGUCACCAAGCCCAAGUUCCUGAAGAUCGCUGAAGAGGCCUCCCUGAGGGAGACAGCCAAGACUGGACUCUUUGUGCCCCCCGUGGCCCCCAAGCCUUCUGUGCUCAAGCUGCCCAUGCCGGAGGCCGCGGUCCGGCCUGCGGUCCUACCCAAGCCAGGGAAGCCGCCCCUUCCACAUCUCCAGCGAUCGCCCCCCGAUGGCCAGAGUUUCAGGAGCUUCUCCUUUGAGAAACCCCGGCUACACUCGCAGACCGACGCCUCGCAGGCCGACGCCUCGCAGGCCGGCACCUCGCAGGCCGGCGCCUCGCAGGCCGGCGCCUCGCAGGCCCGCGCCUCGCAGGCCGACGCUGGUGGGGAAGACUCUGAUGAGGACUAUGAGAAGGUGCCACUGCCCAGCUCGGUCUUUAUCAACACCACGGAAUCCUUUGAAGUGGAGAGGCUAUUCAAAACCACGAGUCCCCGGGGAGAGCCGCAGGACGGACUCUACUGCAUCCGGAACUCCUCCACCAAGUCUGGGAAGGUUCUGGUCGUCUGGGACGAAGCCUGCAGCAAAGUCAGGAACUACCGCAUCUUUGAGAAGGACUCUAAAUUCUACCUGGAGAGCGAGGUCCUGUUCGUGAGCGUGGGCAGCCUGGUGGAGCACUAUCACACCCACCUACUGCCCAGCCACCAGAGCCUGCUGCUGCAGCACCCCUAUGGCUAUGCCGGGCCCAGGUGACAACUGCACCUUAUGCUACUUGGUAGAGGCGACUGCAGGACAUUACCCCAGGCCACACAGAGGACACUGGCCUGCAUUGUAGGAGGAGCAGGAGUGAGCACCCUGCUCUUACCUCAGGCCUCCCCCGACAGACACCUCGUGGCAUCUGCCAGGCCAGGCCCCACCCAGCAGGCUGGGUCCUUGGGGCUAGGCCAGGCCCCAGAGGACUGGGAGGCUCUCCCAUCCCACCCCACCUGGCCUGCCUCACCUCCCAGGAGCUGGAGGUCCCAGGACCGAGCCCUGCCUGGGCUUCGUGGACAGGAGUUCCGGUCCUCCCUCCAGCACACCCACCCUGCACUGGGCUGGGAGCUGGGCAGGGCUGGGAUAUCUGGGGUUGGGGCAGAGGCUGGCCCCAGGCCUCCCCGCCCCAGGACCGCCAAGACACAGGCUCCAGGAGGGGCCUAUGCCUCAUAAUAAAGCACAGAUGAUGUUUG